GCACAGGAGGUGACGCCAGAGAAAAUUUGCUGUGAGAAUGUAAGGGAGGUGGAUGAAGAGAUUGUAUGCGAUGGUGCUGAGGAAGCAGUGGUCAUUGAGGAACCAUGCACACAGAUAGUGGUCUAUGAAGAACCAAUAAGUGUUGACAGACCAGUAGAAGUGAAAGAUCGGGGGAAAAGACCAUUGAAGUGUCCACAGCGGUUCACUCCUGACCAAUUGAUAGUCAGGCGUAAAAGGAAAAAGGCCAGAAUAGUAAUGGACCAUGCUGUAGAGUUCGGUGGAGACGGAGAUGAUUUCAUGGGGCCAUUCACAUUAAACCCCACUGAGAUGCCAGGUGAGGACGAUUUGAGGGAGGUGGAUGAGUUCAUGAACAAAGGUCUGUUAAAGAAGCAUAAGAAGGAGCCCGGGCGUAGGUACUGUGCAAAUGAAGAUGUUCUAUCACCAAGUGAGUUUAAGAUUCACUACGAUGAGAAGGACACCUUAAAGAAAAGCUGGUACUACGAGAUCUAUUUCCCUUGGGGGUGGCUCUCUGAUACGCAUCUUGAUGUCAUUUUCUACUACCUGAGGAUGAAAGGAGUGGAGUUUGGGUUGGCGCAAAGGUCUAGUUGUGGGAUGUUUGUAGUGAAGAUAGCUGAAUUCCUCAUGAUGGGCCAUGAUGUGCAAGAUAUGAACGAUACCGAAAUUGCUGCAUAUC